UUGCUGAGGAGGAUAUGGAGGGAAAUGAUUUGAAUGACCCCUUGAACAGUGUAAAUGAUUGGGCAGAUGAAAGUUCUCCAUUCUCCCAUGAAAAGGAUGAUGAUGGAGAGACGGAUGACAGCUCUGAUGAAGAGGAUCGUCCACCAAAUUGUAUACGAUUGGGUGGAACACUGAAGAAAGGACCGACACGAUAUCGAAUCAUUAGAAUCGGCGGGACUGCGCAUGACCAACCUGCACAUAAAAAGCCUCCCAAUGAGCCGUCCCCCUGUAAUCCGGCACCCGUUUUCCCGGGAAAAAAGCAUGUGCUUAGCGAAGAUGACAUCAUAGGUGCCCGAGCUUCAAUAGUGUACGAGAACUGCCUUAGACAACUGGCGAAGUUUCUGACCCUGCCUGUGGAUAAAUGUACAGGCCUUUUGAAGACUGGUGUCAUGUGCAAUCACGUCGCCCCCUUUGAGAUCAACAUCACGUCCAAGGGCACAGCUACGAGUAUCGAGUGGAUCUGCCCCAAUGGACACAGCUUGUGGAGUUGGAAUUCUCAGCCCGUCAUGAAGUUUGGGAUGCAGGCCGGAGAUUUUCUGUUGUCUACCAACAUUUUUUUGUCCGGCAACACGUACGCAAAGGUGGCCCUCUUGUUCAAAUAUAUGAACAUGGGGAUGGUGAGCAAGAACACCUUCUACUCCAUUCAGGACAUGUACGGCAUCAACCCAGUUAAGGACUUAUGUGAAAAGAGGAAGACAGAGGGCCUCAAUCCCCUUCAAGAGAAGAAGGCCGUGGUGCCAGAGACCCCACAGCAGCCUGUGUGUAAGGAAGAGGAACAGGGGGAAGUCCCUGUUGACCAGCACCUCCAUAACCAGGUGAGCAACUCCGGUCUGCACCAAGAGGAGCCAAAGCCUCCACAGAUUAAAGAGGAAGAGGAGGAACUCUGUGUCAGUCUGGAGGGAAAACAUACUGUAGCAGGAGAUUGACUCGACUCCCGCUUGUGAGGAUAGCGACAACAGCGAGGAUCAGACUCUGGAUUUGAGUCCUGAUGAAAAUCAAGAGCCCAGUUGAGAAAGAACAUUGCAGUUAAAUCUCAGUGGUACCAGAGCCAAACAGAGAGGAACAGCUCCUCUCUCAAAACUCUCAUAUCACUGAGAGCCAAGAUCAUAAAGGAGGCAAACACUCGGGAUCAACUAGAAAUACAGGAAACUGUGUCUUUAAUGUGACACUUGUGGGAAAAGUCCAGAUUCCACACACAGCUGAGAGUCCACACAUCCCCUGCAACACCUGUGGGAGACACACAUACACACACACACACAGACACACACAGAAGCUUUACUCAUGUAACACGCUGUGAGUUUAGCAAAUUAAAGGUGCAAUUAAAGGUGAGGGUCCUGGAACACCCGUGAGAACAUUUUCAGAUGACCUUCUUGAAAAAGCAGAGAAGUACAGACACAGGUGAGAAGAUACAGACAC